UAGCGAGCAGCGGUGUCAGAGCGCUUUCAGACUGGAGAGAGUCGGACCGAACGAACUGGGGUUCCCAAAUAACGGGAACAUAGAGACAGACACACAGACGGAUGGCGGGACAGAGCCAAAGAAAAUAUACCGCAUAACGGGUACCGUGUUUGUUUUUCGUUCAGCUUUCGUUUAGUAAAAAAAAAGAAGAAGAAGGUUUAUGUAUUUAUGUUUUAUUUAUCGAUUGAUUGCGUUUUAAUUACCGACCUGUGAAAUAGAGAGGGGGAGGAGCAAAAGCCAGAUGGGGGUCCCUGUGUAGCCUUACUUAUUAUUUAAUUAUUUAAAUGUAUCAAAUAAUUUAAUUGUAGGCUAUAUUUUAUCAUAAUGCUGCUUUGUGUGCAUGUAUUCGUGAGCUGACCGAUAGCAAGACUGCUAAUAACCAAAUAUAAAGAACCCCAAAUAACAACUUCACACUGAACAGUUGUUAAGCCUUUCUAUUCCGACAAUACACCUGCUAUAACAGUAAGUUAAAAAAAUAGUUUUUUAAUGAAAGUAAAACUGGAGAGAUAUUUAUUUAGAAGCUUAAACCAAAGCAAAGCCGAUCGAGGAAAAGGAGGCCGCACACCUGUCUUGAUAAGCAAAACAUAUGGAAAUACCUUCAAGAAUAUAAGAAAAUAAAAUUCGAUACAGUUGAUAUCUAGGAUGUUUUGUAGCUACAUACAGACCGAACUUUUACCAAUGAGAAAAUACCAGCGUUAGAGAGUCACACUACGUAUUCUGUCAAUGACUAUCAACAGAAGCCUAUUUUACAUAUAGCUGGCCUGGUGUCCCGACUGUCCGUCUGUGUGUUAUUCUCAAGUGAUGACCGUUGUCAGAUCUAUGAAGGGACCAUACAUCCACAUCGAUAUGACAGAGGCACAAAACCAAAAAUGUGAAUGUAGCAUAGGCUAGAUACCAACUCAACCAAAUAUUCGUACCGCUAAACAUAUUUUGAAACGUCUACCUGGAAAGCAUACGAAGAAAAGCAAAGAAGAACAGAAGACAAGCGCAAUUCGAAGAAAACUGCAAAUAAAAACCAAGACGACAGCGGAUCAUGUUUGUUCCCUUGCCGGUGCCGUUCGUCUUUCAGAGAACUGCUUCCGACUUCAGCGCCUGGCGUCUCAAGUCACCGCUGGCUCUACGCUCCAGCUCCGAUAUCAGGAUGUCAAAACCAGCAGAGGAUGAGAAGCCUGGGGCAGACUUUCCAGGGGAGAGCACAGACUCUGAGAGGAACAGUCCUGAUGCCAAUGAUCAGGUUCAGCCAAUGAAAACGAGUCCCUUCAGUCUUUCUCCUACCUUGAGCAGCAUCAAGAGUAAAAGUGAGGCAGUACCUGAGAUGAUCUCCACCCAUGUGCCGCCUCCUUCCCAGCAGCAGACGCCUCACCCUCACACACAACUCAUGUUGGCAGGGAGUCAGCUGGCAGGGCUGGCUGCCCUCUUGCCUGCGCAGCAGCAGCUGUUGCUUCAGCAGGCCCAGGCUCAGCUCCUGGCCGCUGCGGUGCAGCAGUCCAACGCGGCUCAUGCUGCUCAUGCCGCUCACGCAGCCGCCCAAGCCAAUCAGCAGCAGCAGCAACAACAGCUGACCAAACAGGAGCAAGCCCCACCCCAGCUCACCCUCUCUCAGCCUAUCCAGCUCACCGCCCAGGAUAUCCAGCAGCUGUUGCAGCUGCAGCAGUUAGUCCUGAUGCCCGGCCACCACCUGCAGUCUCCUCAGUUCCUCCUGCCUCAGGCCCAGGGACAACAGGGGCAGCAGGGUAAGUGGGACCUACUAAGUUUGCUCUCGACACCUAAUUUAAUUCCGCUACCUCAACAUCAGCAAAGCCAGGGGAGUCUUCUAACUAUUCCACCCAGGCUGGGACUGCAAGCACAGCGUCGCCAUGGUGAUGGCCUCUCAUCUUUACAGAGGGACAAGAGCGGGGAUGUCGGGGUGACCUCCGGGGCCUCGGCAGCCCCCAUGACCUCAGUGACCUCUGGCCCUCACGGCGAGGAGCCCAGUGACCUGGAGGAGCUGGAGCAGUUCGCCCGCACCUUCAAACAGAGACGCAUCAAACUGGGCUUCACACAGGGUGACGUAGGCAUGGCGAUGGGGAAACUGUAUGGGAAUGACUUCAGCCAGACCACCAUCUCUCGCUUCGAGGCCCUAAACCUGAGCUUUAAGAACAUGUGCAAGCUCAAGCCUCUGCUUGAGAAGUGGCUAAACGAUGCGGAGACCAUGGCGAUAGACAGCAUGCUUCCCAGCCCGAACUCUCUCUCCUCCCCCAUGAUGGGGUUUGAGGGCAUGCCGGGGCGUCGCAGGAAGAAACGCACCAGCAUCGAGACCAACGUCCGCGUGGCCUUAGAGCGCAAUUUCAUCUUGAACCAGAAGCCUAACUCAGAGGAGAUUCUCCUGAUGGGCCAGCAGCUCAACAUGGAGAAGGAGGUGAUUCGGGUCUGGUUCUGCAACCGGCGCCAGAAAGAGAAGCGCAUCAACCCUUGCAGUGCCACCCCUCCCCUGCCCAGCCAGCCCCCCUCCAUGACGCACAAAACCCCCUGCUACAGCCCGCACAUGGUGUCCAGUCAGGGGCUGCACCAGGCUGCCACCAGCCUCAGCACAACAGUGACCAGUCCAUUACCCUCGGUGACCUGCCCUCUGACCCACUGUGGCUCUGCAUCCACCAGCUCCACCCCCUCCUCUAGGACUCCGCCUCCACACAGCACAGCCAGCCCCGCUCCUUCCACCCUCAGUACCCACAGCCUGAACGCUGGGAACACAAUGAUGGGAGUAAGCACAGGGAUGAACCAGGCUCUCGUCAGCAGCAAUCACCUGGCCACAAUGCAAGCUCUGGCUGCCAGUGGUGGGCAGCUGCCCAUUUCCAGUCUUGAGGCCAGAGGUCAGAUGAUCCUGGGCGGGGCGGGGGUUCGCCCCUCCCUAUUCCUCAACCGCCACACCCUCCUGCCUAUGGCGUCCCACCAAGCCGGCGUGGGUUUGGUCGGCGGUCCCAGGGGAGCCUCUCCACCCCCCGGCGCCAGUGGCAUGGACGUCGACUCCUGCUCUGCCUCUCCCUGCUCCAGCCCCGCCUCCUUCGGCUCGUUCAGCGAAGCCUCACCGCCGCCGCUUGGCGGGGCCAUGGCCGAGUGACGACGACACAACCCAAAGGAUCCUAUCAGAAGGAGGAGGAGGAGUUUUAGUGGAGCUUUACAGAAACACCUCACCUUUCAACCAAAGCCAUCUCUCUCUCCCUCCAUUUGUCGCCUCCUCUCACUCUCCCGGAGUCUUUCAAAGCCAAAAAAAAAUACACAGAUUGAAAGAGGAAGAAGAGAGCGAGGAAGAAUGGAGAGGAGGAGAGAACAGGAGAACGGUGGAGAUUUAAACCAAAAAAUAUAUAUAUCUAUACAGUUGGAGAGGUGGCAUUGUGGAACACAGUGAAUGCUAAUGUUCAUUUACUCCUUUCUCUGGAAAAGAACAAAUGAGCUGAAAAACCUGAUGAAAAAGAGGGCAGGGAUGAGAACUGAACUAAGACUGAGAGAGAGAUGGGUGGCAAGGACAGGAAAAGAAGGAAAGAAAAGACUUUCAACAAGCUUCAGCAGAUGGAUGGAAAGAGAACCACAUUUUUAAAAAACCUACAGGGGAAAAACACACAAAGACAAAAAUGACAAACAUGCCAAAAUCUCCAAAACCGAAAUACCAAAAACUGAAACCAAAAAAACGGAGAGAAAAGCUUUACUUAAAAGACUUAUGAUUCUGAUCUGUCCAGGAUCAGCACAUCAACCACACUUAACAAGGCCAAAAACAUGUAUCAUUUCAUCAUAAUAUAUUAUUUUAAAGUUUUGUUUUCAACACUUUUACAACGCUUACUUUUAGUAUUUUAUAUGAUUUGAGCUUUGGGUUAUGUCAUAGCAAAUGAUUUGAUAUAGAUAUCUUAGUAGUGUCAGUCCUCCCACAUAUCUCUACCUACCUCUCUAGUGGCUCUACAGUUUUAACCUAGUUACAGUAUUAAACUGUGUUGUGGAUUUAGCAGUCAGACUAAUAACAAUUAGUAACUUUCCAACUUAUUUUGUGGUUUAUUUUCUUAUUUCUGAUUUUUCUAAUGAUCAUCGUAAUUAUCAUCAUCAUCAUUAGGGUUAUUAUCUUCAAUAUUUGUUUAAUAUGAUGAGAUAUUUUUAUUUUUCUAGGCAGGUCAGUUAAGAACAACAUCUUAUUUACAAUGACGGCCUACCCCGACCAAACCCGGAUGACGCUUGACCAAUUGUGCGCCGCCCUAUGGGACUCCCAAUCACGGCCGGUUGUGAUACAGCCUGGAUAUUAUUGCCUCCUUUGUUUCAUAACUUAUUUUAUACAGUGGACUCAAAUUAUUGACACCCUUGAUAAAGAUGAGCAAUAAUUACUCUGUAAAAUGAAUUAUUAAAAUACUGGGCUAUAUUGUAUGCAACAAAAAAAUGGGAAGUUAUGUUAUACGAAUAAUUGCUCAGAGAAAGAGAUUCUGUUUAACUAGCAAUACAAAAAAAUACAAAUAAAGAUAGGGGUCAAAAUUAUUGGCACCCCUGUUUUCAAUACUCCAGCAUCCUCCCCUUGUAAGGACGCUGAGCCUUUUUCUAAAAUGUUUUAUGAUAUUGGAGAACACGUUGGGAGGGAUCUUUGACCAUUUCUCCAUACAGAAUCUCUCCAGAUCCUUGAUAUAAUUUGUCUGCGCUUAUGGCCUUCCAUCUUCAAUUCAAACCACAGGUUUUCAAUGGGGUUCAAGUCUGGAGACUGAGAUGGCCAUAGCAAAAUGUGGAUGUGUGGUCAAUUAACCAUUUCUUUAUGGAUUUAGUGGUUGGGGUGGUUGGGGUUAUUGUGUUGCUGGAAUAGUCCCUUAACAUCAAUGAUCCACCACCCUAUUUUACCGUAUGAGGAACGUUUUCACCACUGGUGUGCGUGGCCAAAGAGAUCCAUUUUCAUGUUAUCUGAACAUAGAGCUCUUUGGCCAAGCACACCAGUGGUGGGUUUGGUGUUGAAAAACCGAAGCAUAUGCGUAAAAGUACCUCAUACCAAUGGUAAAAUAUGGUGGUGGAUCUUUGAUGUUAUGGGGCUAUUUUGCUUCCACUGGUCCUGGGGCCCUUGUUAAGGUCAACGGCAUCAUGAACUUUACCCAGUACCAGGGCAUUUUUACCGAAAACCCGGUUGCCUCUGCCAGGAGGCUGACACUUGGCAGCAAGUGGAACUUCCAGCAAGACAAUAACCCCAAGCACUAAUCAAAAUCCACAUAGAAAUGGUUAAUUGACCACAAAAUCAACAUUUUGCAAUGGCCAUCUCAGUCUCCGGACUUGAAUCCCAUUGAAAAAUUGUUGUUUGAAGGCUCAGUGUAGUUAUCCUCGCAACGUGAGGGUGCUAGAGUAUUUUAAACAAUAAUUCUGACCACUAUCUUUUUUAGAUUUUCUUGUAUUACAUGUUAAAAAAUAUAUAUUUCUCUGAGCAAUUGUAUUAGUGUAAAAUAUAAUUUCUCCUUGUUUAAAGAAAACAACAAAAUAGCUCAGUAUUUUUAUAAUUUAUUUUAUACCAUUUUUUUUAUCACCUUUAUCAAGGGUGCCAAUAAGGAUGGACCUGACUGUAUAUGAACACCAAAAUGUACUCUACUGCCUGUUGCUUCAAGCACACACACACACACACACACACACACACACACACACACACACACACACACACACUACACUACACUACACUACACUACACUAGAAUGUAUUGAGAUGUUGAACUAAAAUAAUCCUUUAUGCCUUUCAUUAUAUUUGUUUGCCUGUUUUUUUUAAAUACACUACCAUUCAAAAGUUUGGGGUCACUUAGAAAUGUCCUUGUUUUUGAAAGAAAAGCUAUUUUUGUCUAUUAAAAUAACACCAAAUUGAUCAGAAAUACAGUGUAGA